CUUAAAAUCCACUGAAGCAUUUGUUGUAACUUCGUAACCAAAAGAGCAGGUGGCUCAAUACGGAUAUUUCUUAACACUGACAAAAGUUGCCUAGAAAGCGUUUCCUUAUCGAAGUGGAGAGGAUAAUCCAUAAGGUUUUCUAUAUUGGUAAGCGGCAGCAGUAUCGUUCAAACAAUGGCAAGGAUUUAUUUGAUCCUCGUACAAGCAAUUUUUUUAUUUGGUAAGUCUGAUCUCUGGUCCUUCUUGAUUUACCGCCUUUUCCGAAAAGCUUUUGAAAAACGUUUAAGGUGAACAUUAGCUUCAAGCUGUAGAAAAGAGAGCUCUGUAACCAUUCUAUAAAGCCUCCACAGUGAGCAAAGAACCUCGCUGCACGCUGCAAAGCAAUCUUAUCAAAUAUUGAACCAAAAAACAGAUAGAGCAUAAUGUCUUUACGCGUCCAUGUCUCAGCCAAUUGAAAGACUAGUUGAAUGAAUUAAACGUAUCAAGCAAGGAAAGAAGAUGGGCAUAUUUGCUUUAAAUACACAAUUCAGCAGUUUUUAGACAUAAAGGGAACUAACCGCAAUGGCUUGUAUAAGGUAACAUAUUUAACACAGGUGUGUUACAUAUACACGCUUGUAUUAGCAUUUCGUACAAUAUUAAAUGACCUCGGAAAUAUUAGAAACCACCUUUAUAAAUCGAUAAUUUCGUAGCCUUGGUGCAGUUAUUUAGACAUUUGAUUUGCUGUAGCCAAUAGUGAAGAAUCCGAAAAAGCAACAACACGGCGAAUUAAUACAAUUUCUUCUGGAUUUUCUUACGAUGUAAACUCUUACAACGAGAAAUAUUUCAUGAUUAUAUUGCUAUAAAUUUAAUUUGAAAGCUCGUGCAUUUCACUAUGACAGGGCAUUAUAACAUUUAUCUAGAUUUAAUUUAGUCAUCUUCAUGUUUCACAUAACACCGUUCGAUUGAGUUUGUGUACAAAGUUGCCAAAGCAACAUGUUGAUAAACAAAUAUUUACCUUAGUUGUUGGUGGUUUCUAAGGAAAAUAAUGAGCAAUCUGUGAAGCUUUGAUGCACUCCACAGAGCGGAAAAACAGCUCGACUUUACGGUUACAGGAAUUCAUGCCCUCCACGAAAGUAGUGUUAAAAAAACAUCUUAAGGUUUUGAGUUUGGCAUAGAGCAUUUGCUUUAAAAAAUCAUACUUAUCAUGAACAAAAACUAUGAAUUCGCAUUCAACUUUUUGUUAAUUAUGUUACGUUCAAAAAUUCCCGAAUAAUUGAUAUAGAAAAAGCAAACGAAAUUAAUGUUUAAUGAGUGUCUUUAUAUCUGAUUAAAAACACGGCUAAACUUAAAGUCCACUUUUUUAGACCAAAAUAACCUCAAAUCUAAACAUCAGGGCAAGAAUAAGUUGAUCUAUAUCAGAGAUGAGCAUGUCUGAACAGUUGCAGAGAUAAAUCCACUCUGUCGUCAGAGCGAGAACAUAAAUCCCCGGCGACAACUUCAAUUAUGCGCCCUUAGCAGAAUUAACUUGUUUACGUGCUUGGAUACCUAUCAGCAACGCCUUGCUGAUUGGCAAGCCAUCCAAGCCUCCAUUCUAGCCCUGAUCACAAAGCUGUGAGUGUGACUGAGCGAAGUAUUCGCAGUCUCUUUAUUCUGUUGCAAAUUAACUGAAAUAGCAGGACUAGAAUACUUAAAAGACGUUUGAAUUAAACAAGGUAGGCUUCGCCCGAUCGCACUCAAAGCUUUGGGAUCUGAAUAAAUGAUUAGAUUUCUUGCCAUCAAGCGAGCCGUUGCCAAGUAGUAUUCAAGCAAGUCAGCAAGUUCUGCAAAGAACUAAUUUAGCGUCCAUUGCAAUUGAUACCACGCUGUUUAACGAAACUCUUCUUUUGUACAAACAAAAGCAAAUUAUAACUUUAUAAUGAAAGUCAAAAAACGUUAAAUUUUCCAAUUUUAUGAAACCUGACUGUAAUAAGGUACACUUAUAACGUUGCAAACUUAGGGUUGUAUCAUUUUAAAUCAACUAUUCUUUUUGGUACCCAUCAGUUUGUCCACACUUACUUAAAACAGUUCUGUAAUUUGUACGAGUUGAGGUAAGUUUUAAUUGCUCAGUAGAGAACCUUCAAUUCCGGCAAGUAUGCUGUACGUCUCAUAAUCUUUUCCUAUCUAAUUUUUGCCACAUAAAGCUCGAGGUCUUGAACGCUGUUUCCCUGUGUAGGUGUUGCCAAAUAAAAACUCACUAGGCAAUGUUUGCUUUUGUUAGGUGCAACCAAGUCGCAAAGCAGCUCUGACAGUGUAUCAGCCAGUGCCUCAGCCAGUGUCUCAGCCAGUGUCUCAACUAGUGCAUCAGUCAGCAUGUCACUCAGUGCCUCAAUCAGUGUCUCAAACAGCGUCUCUCCUAGUGCGUCGUUCAGUACCUCGGUUGGUCCAUCGAUGUCAGUCAGCAUGUCACCUAGUACCUCAACUAGUGUCUCAACCAGCGCUUCACCUAGUACGUCAGUCAGUACCUCGGUUGGUCCGUCGACGUCAGUCAGCAUGUCACCUAGUACCUCAACUAGUGUCUCAACCAGCGCUUCACCUAGUACGUCAGUCAGUACCUCAGUUGGUCCGUCGACAUCAGUCAGCAUGUCACCUAGUACCUCAACCAGUGUCUCAACCAGCGCCUCACCUAGUACGUCAGUCAGUACCUCGGUUGGUCCGUCGACGUCAGUCAGCAUGUCACCUAGUACCUCAACCAGUGUCUCAACCAGCGCUUCACCUAGUACGUCAGUCAGUACCUCAGUUGGUCCGUCGACAUCAGUCAGCAUGUCACCCAGUACCUCAACCAGUGUCUCAACCAGCGCUUCACCUAGUACGUCAGUCAGUACCUCGGUUGGCCCAUCGACAAGUACAUCAGUCAAAAUCUCGCCCAGCUCCACAACCGGUGUCUCAUCUAGUAUUGCACCAGUCACACCAGGUCGGUUGUUUUUCAUGGUUCUCAAAAUUGUCUAUAGUAUUAAAUUUAAAGAUGUGUUUAUGGUUCCUAUUUCGGGAAUUUCGUGUGUGUUCGAUUUGUUUGUUUGUUUGUUUGUUUGUUUGGUUUUUUAAAUUAUGAUGAUGUAAUUGUUAAGAGCCCCUGCAAAAUAUAACACCAAUUAUAUGAAGUGAAUAUCACUCAUAAUUUACAUUAAAGGCAAAAAUUUGAGGACGAAUUGGGCUAUGUUAACUGUUUGCCUAAAUAGAGUAUGUCUCUUUUUCAUAACAGGUGAAGCAACGGAAUGAAUAAUAUACAUGUAUAAAGAUUAGUCCCCUUAUUUAUUCGCCAUUAUUUCUGCAGGUUCCGUGGUUAACAUUGUUCUGAAUAUGACAAGGUCUUGUGACGUAAACGGUUAUAACUCUUCGUCAGAUGCUCAAGAUGUUUUUAACAGCCUCGAUACAGCAGUAAGUAUAGUUUCAAGAACAAUAUAAUAUGACUGAGUAUUUUCAGCGCCAAAAAUUACUGUAUUAAAAACAUUGUGAGAAAAUAAUGAGAAGAAUUAAACUGAGGUUGUUUUUAGAAAAAGUAAAUAUGAUCUUUGCAGUGAGUUUAAAUGAUCAAAUGUAAGUGGUUGAAGUUCGAUUCAGGAAUGACCGGGAAGCUUAUCAUGACUUUAACCAUUCAAUUAUUAAGUUUAUCAAGCCAACUUGAGGACUGGCCAAUUGUUCCUAAGGCUUGUACAUCCGAUCGUGGAAAGAAGAUGAGAAUAAUUGCAUGAAUUAAUGAAUCCCAGGUGAAACACAUGAAAUUGUAUGUGAUCUUUGCAAUUAAGAUCAAGCUAAGUGUGAGCUUAUUAAUUAAUAUAGCCGGUCCUAUAACCUAUAAGCCUCACUUUCUAGACUUGCUUAAAAUUCGUCUUGGCUGGGUUAUCGAAGUUCAUCCGCCUUCGUCUCUCAGAAAUGUCGACUUGUGGGCAAGUCUAGUACAUCCGGCCCACUGACAACGCCAUUUAAUUUAAUAGGGGAGACAGAGAUAUUUCAUUACAAAGCGGACCACGGUAACUUGAAAUCGUACAAUCCUGCUUGGUUCUUAAGCCUUUCGAGAGAGUUUUUCUUCACUUUUUAUUUGUUCUUUCAUUUACUUCUCAUUAUUUUUCUGACAUUUCUUGUGUAUUUGCUUCAUCCGCUUUUAUGGAGCGAUUUUGUUAUUUCUAUACUAGCUGACAGCCUCAGAAUAGUAACAUUAACCAUAUUUUCUACAUAAACAGUAAUUAGUAGGCACAAGUGAAACUGGCCAUCAUUAAAGACAAUAAAACUGACAGAGAGAACAAGACACUUUUUUUUUAAAUUCUGAUAUUAUACAGUUGAACCAUUCCUCAACGGCUACCUUGGGGACAGAAGAAAGAAGCCAUUGUAGAGAGGUGGCUGUUGUGCAAUGUAUGGACUGUCCGCCCCAAAAAAGUGGCUGUUAGUGGAGUUUCGACCGUAGUAAUAAAUAAAAAAAUAAAAUUUAUUCCUUUUUUGACAGCUGAAAGAUUUGUUUACAAGGGAUUCAAUCACAUAUGUUAUAAAAGUGUUAUACGUCUCUGCAACCUGCGUUAGUGGCCCCAGUGUCCAGAUAACCAUCAGAGUCACCUUCAGAACCAAUCUGCCCUCAGAUCUGGUUAUUGAACAAAGACUGCAGGGAGCCAUUGACGAUAAUAUUGCAAACUUAAACAUAACUGGCCAAACGGUUACCUUCCAAGGUAUGUUUAAUAUCGUUGUAAUAAGUAAAAUGCAAAACAAAUUAAAUCAAAUAAAGAUCACACCAACAUGGUCAGUGCAGAAAGUACCAACACAUGAGCUAUGUCAAGAUUCAUUUUUUGCCAUUACUUUAAAACCUAAAAACAAAACACAUUGAAAUCAAAGAAAAGCCUGGUAAAUGGUUCAGUUUUGUCUUAAAUAACUCUACUUCUAUACCGCUACUAUAGGUGUAUCUCUGGCUUUCGAUAGCUACAGUGGAAGUGAACUGCAAUUUGAAAAAAUUGGGCCAACUUUUCCAAGUUAAGCUGCCUUGUUGAGGAAAAGUGACAAAAAACCGAUCAUGUUUUAGUUUCCCUUUGACAAAAAAAAAAUUCAAUGGUAUCUUUCUUCUAGAGUUCCAAAUACAUUGUAGGACAGAAAGUGUGUAAGAAUACUUAAUUUAAUAGUUUCAACUAAGCCGUUCACCAUAACAUGUGGGAUUCAGGCUCGAUAUAGCCUCUUUGAUACAUAACAGUCACCUCUAGCAUUAGGGACACCUCGCAAAUUCGGACACAUAGCUCAGCUCAUACGAUCAUAAUACGGACAGCUGUCGAACCCCUCGGCUGGCAAAAUUGACCCCUUUCUAUUCCCAAAAGCACAUUUUUAUUGUCCUGAAUCUUUUUAUAAAGGACAUUCAGACAUCAUGAUGGCUUCCAUUUCUUAUCGUUAUAUUUGUCUCUUUCGUAGUUCGAUUCUCGUUUCUCCUGUAACGCAUCAAUCGAAAUUGUUCUGUGUAAUUACAUAUAGUGCUAACCUUGAUAGAAUUUCAGUCAAACAACGAACCACAAAGCACAUACAUCUACGCAAUAUUGCAGCUAGUAAUGCAGAAAGCACUGUAAUCCUGCAUUAUUGUUAUAAUGAAAGAGCUGCUUAAUAGAAAAAAAUAUGGAUGGUAAAGUUCUAAACCUUUCUAAAAUAAAAAUCUGCUUUUAUUUACGGAGGAAACACAUUUUCUUGCCGAUAACUCCAAAAUUUUUCAGGCAAUGUGUUCAGGUUGAUCGGAGCUGUCGUGUAAGAGAUUUUAAAUUUGCUCAAGAAAAAACUGUGUGUUUGGCUCUUAUUUCCACUUUAAUUACUUCCCAUGAGUCUGCUACUGGGUUGACAUUUCCGUUAAAUUCCAUUGCAAGUUUCUUAACAGCCCUCGAAGCAAAUAUAGUUGUUCUUGUAUCUGUCUGGGACAUUUUUCUGAGAGGCAUCGUUUACGUUCUUUGGUGUGACUUUCUUCAGAAAGUUUUAUAGUUUUAAUUUUGCGCAGUUUUCAUAUAGAAAGAGUUUGUAAGAUAAUUUGAACUAAGGAACACUACUAAAUCAGAUGAUAAAUAAAAAAAUUAUUCUAAAUAAAAUGCCAUUUAUAUGCCGUCCUGGGGACGUCUUUAUUAAAAACACAGGUAGGGCGUCUUACGGUUAACGGAGUAAAAUUGUGAAUUGCAGGAAUGAACCCUUACUGAAGGUUCCCGAAACCUAAUGUUGGAGUUUGGCACUUUAAAAGCUUAAGAGAAUUGAAACCAAAAAUGAAAACAUAUAUAUGUAUACUUGUUGCUCUCAACUGAAUCACAGUCUUUAUCGUCAAUACAGGUUUAAUGUUUUUCUUUUACAAAACAAGCCCACAGACACGCCUGCAAAACGAGAUUCUGCGGUUUCUAGGGGUGUUACCAACUUUUUUCAAGAGUGCCUCCGCCGUUAUUUAGCCACCGCCCAAGCGUGAUACAUGAGCAAACACAUAAUAAUGUUUGUUCUUCUUUAGGUGCAGUUGUGGGCUACGAGGCCAAAAGUGGAGAAUGCCAAAAAUGCUGCAAUGCGGGAGGCCCCAUUACUCUAAUAAAAACCUGCACUCCCGAUUCCAGUUGCGAGGGAUUUUGGCGUAAGGAAAAAACAGAGAGUGGACAUUGCCCUGGUGAAGGAAGAGACACUUGCCAAUCAGUUGUAUGUGACAAAGGUUAGAGGGUCUUUAUACAAAAACAUUUGCUGCUCUUUCUUAUUCUGGAUAAGAUAAAAGCCUGGAGAAAGCUCUCCACUUCGAUUGGUUGGCUAAGCGAUCGGCGAAAGAACGCGCAGGCAAGCGCCGAGGUUUUUCUUUCGUUCUCGACUUUCCCCUCCUCGGUAUCGUGCUGAUCGAUAGUUUACCCACCGAUAUUUCCCCAAAUGGAAAACCUUCUCGCAGGCUAAUGUGAUAACAAUGUUCAGUGCUCAAAGAAACGUUUCUUUCUCAGUUUGCCCACUUUUUCAAUUUUCCUAUUUAAUCGACAGCCUUUUCAAUCCAUUCUUCAAGUUUCGCCGUUCUCGCUGUGAUGACUCUGGUAUCACUGUUUAGGUAAGUGAGAUAUGCAAAGAGCAAGUUAUAAUAAUGUUUUCUACUUCGAACAAUAUAUUUGAAAAAAAAAUAUAUCAGAGAGCAAAUAAAUAAAAUAACAUAUAUUGCUCUCGAUAAUAUUGAAAAUUGUUAGAAAACUGCUUGGAUUGCUUGGAUGUUCUACGUAUAAAUCAAGACAAGGAAUAACACCAAUCAGUACUUUCCCUUUUCCCGUGCUUUUGGCUCUUUUCUCAACUUAUUUAUUGCCUUCAUUAAAUUAAAGGCUUUUCUAACCCGUGUCUCUUUCAUCAACAGGAUCACAGUCUGUUAAACUAACGGAAGAGGAAAAUGGAGGUCCAAAAUUCAGCGUCCUGUCUGAAACAACUAUCAGAGAGGAAAGCAAGUCAAACUGUUCGAUUUGUAAAUAAUUACGAAGAAAAUGCAGUAUCUCCAAGGGGCUCAGAGAGCGGACUCACUGUAACAAACCACUUAGGUUUUCUGAACAGACAGUUUCUAAAUUGUUGAUAAAGAAAAAGUCUCUUCUAGUUAAAGUCCUUUUUUUCUCUCUAAUGUCCAACUCUUAUCCGCUGAGAGAAAGGUCGGUUUACACUUGCGAUUUCUGAUUAUAGUUAUUAUCAGUAUAAAGUUUUCCCACAGGAUGUCUUUGUAUUAUGCUCCAUUCGAAUAAACCACCUUCUCCUCGACGCUAAGAUCAAAGAAACUUUUAUGGAACAAUAAUCGUCGCUAGUUUACACUUGAAUAAAUGAUAAGGAUAAGAUUUAUCUAAGGUUGUCUUAUAUGGAACGACUGAAAUCGCAUGUUUAAAGUGACCUUUACAGUAGCAUCUAAUUAAUAAAGUCGAGUGAACCAGAGGUUACAAAAUUCCAUUAGCCGAUGAAGCAAAGAAAGACACUUCUGACUAAAUCAAUCGAUUUAAGUAAGUCGCUGUCCGCAUGAAGCAUUCUCUCGCCACAUGUCAAGGAAUCCAAGACAGUCGUGGAUUCUGGAUUCCACGCCGUGGAUUCUGGAUUCUAGGUACUGGAUUCAGGAGUCUUUGUGACUUGAACUGAAUUUUUAGCGAGAUUCCCGAUUCCUUUAACUAUAUUCCAAAUUUCAAAUCCUAGGAUUCUGGGUUCCAUUAGCAAAAAACUUACCGGAUUUCGGAAUGAGCAUUUUCUUAAAUGGGGCGAAUUUUCUGGGUGCUUGAUUGAUUUCGGCACAGCCAUUCAAUUCCUUUCUCCCCUUCCUUAUCUAUAUCUUCCAACACAUCCGACAGAAAAAAAAAAUCCAACAGAAAAAAAAGCUAAAAGAUAUAAAGUACAGGAAUUGAAAACUUAUUGAAAACUAAUUAAAAUAGGACCGUUUGCAAUAUUCUCCCCGGUUUUCGUUUUUAUUAGGCUUAAUCGAAUAUGAUUUAUUUGCCUUCAUGACGGAAAGGUUGUUUGAAUAUCUCACCGAUCAGUUUAUAUCAGUCUGCCGCCUUUGCAACUUUCGUGUUUCAAUGCCAACUAAUAUUACAGUACAAUAGUGUUCUUUCAAUUAAAACCAAAACUUGACAAGUCAGUUACGCACCACGUUUUCCCAAUACCAAAUGCAUGAGUCGUUAUCUCCUCCACCCUUUAAACAUCCACAAUCGUUCAUAGCCUGCAAUCACCUCUGUGGUGCUUUUUUGUACUUAAUCGAAGUGAUAUUUUCAGGAUUUCAUGAAUUCAAAGGUAAUCAUUUACGUUGCGAAAUUGUAACCCUUACUAAAAAAUAACUUAACAGAGGGUUCACUUAACAAGGAACAAGCCAGUGGCUGCCACUGCCACUUUAGGGUGUCUUUGGGCAUGCGUGAAGUGAAGCGUGUGUCUUGCUAGGUAUUCAAUAGUUAAUGUUAAUAAGCAGUUUCAAUUAUGACUCUUAAGUGUGUGUAUUCAUGGU